UCCCUAGCCAAUGCCAAAUUGCCAACUAACCACUAACUUGUGAUGAAUAUUUUAUUGUAAACUCCUAUUUGAAAUACGAUUCAAUGGCUUAGUAUUCGGCAAAAUUCAAACUGCGUUAUACGUCCGAUGAAAAACCAAAAUGGCUCUUUGUUAUUUUCAGUGAAAAGAUUCCGUAAUGAGUCAUAGAUGAUGAACGUUUUGAAUAACUUGAAAAGUUUUUAAAAAGUUGUAAAUAUGUCCGAAAGAAAAGGUACUAAAGCUCUAGAGUUAUGGUGUAAGCGUUUAGUGAAGGACUGCCCUGAAGUGCAUAUAGAUAAUAUGACAACAUCAUGGAGGAAUGGUAUAGCAUUUUGUGCUUUGGUCCAUCAUUUUAGGCCAGAUUUAAUUGAUAUGUCCAAGUUAAAGCCUGAAAAUAUAUAUGAAAAUAAUCAAUUGGCAUAUAGUGUUGCUGAAAAACAUUUAGGCAUUCCUGCAUUACUAGACCCUGAGGAUAUGGUGGAGAAUGAUGUGCCUGAUCGCUUGUCAGUGUUAACUUACUUGUCUCAAUUUUACCAACGCUUAGGCCACACAGUUAAUACCAAGGCAUCAGAGAGUGAGUCGAAGGUGUCACCAAAACUGUCAACCACCGAGUCACCUGCACCAAUAAGGUUUGGCAAGACUGGUCUAGACAAAUGUGCAGCAUGUGGCCUGCCUGUAUACCUUGCCCAGCGCCUACUUGUCUCGCACAAACUGUACCACAGGAGAUGCUUCCGUUGCUCUAAAUGCUCUGGACAUUUAAACCCUAAGAACUUUGAAAUAGUAGAAGGAUCUGAAUUCACCUGUGAUAGUUGUAAAAAUGAAAAGACUUUAUCAAAAUAUCUGAAUAAUAAUGACCAUGAUCAGAUGGGAAUGCUGGCAUUCACUGAUAGUUUACCAGAGACUAAAACGGUCUUGAAUGAGGAGCCUGUUAGUCCUAAAUACAAAUCAAGACCUCAGUCGAUCUUGGAGAAAAUAAAUAUGUUUGAGAAAAACAUAGAUAAAGACAGUGUCGACUAUAAAAUCUCAAAUAUUUCAUUAAAAGACAAUAGUAUUAGUAAACCUGAAGACUUUAGCAGUAGCAGUAGAUCUCAAAACGAAGUUGACUCCAAACCUUUAUCAGAAAGUAUAGAACCAGAAAUAAAAAACGAAAAUAUCUUUGAAAAACAUAUUCCGGACAAAGUGUAUAAGAGUAAUAUUGACAAAUUCAACUUCUUGCAAACACAAUUGGCUGAUGAGACAAUAAACGUUGAUAAGAGUUUAAAACAAGAAGUUGUAACUAAUACAAGUAAUAAAGAAAAAGACUGUAUAAAUACAAUUGUACAUAAUAUGCCUGAAGUAGAAUUAGAAGGUGACAACAAUACUGUUCUUGUACAUAAAGUAAUGAGCAAUGCAACGGAUGACAGCAGGAUAGCAAACAGUACCUCUUCACUUAGUGAACCUGCACCAUCAGAGCAAGAGGUUCAAGCUGAUCCAGAAAUAACAAUAAGUGUACCACCUAGAAGAAAGAAGCAAAAUGCCUUAGAGAAAGCUUUAGCGUCUGCUAUGAAAAAAGAGAAAGAAAAUGCGUUAAACCCUAAAGAGUACCCAAUUCAUUUAAACCCGUUUUCAGAUGAUGAGGAAGAGGCUGAAAAUCAUCAAUCACCGAAGAAAGCAAGCACGAAUCCGUUUGGUAGCAGUGACGAGGAAGAUGAUGAGGUGCCCCCUAUACAAUUAGCUACAAAGCCUACGAAUGCGGCAAGCACUGCAACACCUGUAAAGCGACUUAUUGCUGUCAAUCCUUUUUGGUCUGAUGGAGAAGAGCCUUCAUCGGAGGAAGAUGAAUCGCACAGCAGGAGCUCUAUGUACAGGUCUUCAAUGGCUACGAGCACCCCUAAUCUGCCUGGCAGUAUGGCUCGGCGAAAGAAAGCGAAAGCACCGCCUCCGCCACCAGCCAUCGCGAUUUCAGAAGCCCCGCGAAUGGAACAACCCGCCACCUCCAUGGACGACGUGGCGAGCAUAUCUUCAUUCAGCUCGUAUAAUUCCACUAUUCAUUCAGAUCAAAAGUCGAUUGGUAAAUCAACACCGAUUCUCAAGAAGCGACGGCCGGCGCCCACUCCCCCUGACAGCCUGUCGACGGUGUCAGGCGGUGGAGGUUCCAUGGAGAAAGGCAUCAACACUUCUGGUAUGAAAAGCAUUCACUCAGACGCAAGCGGAAGGAAGAAAGGGCCAGCCCCUGGCCUGCCACUUCCAGAACGACGGGAAGUAAAGUUACAAAUGUCUCCUGAGGAUCUUCAAGUCCAACUGGACCUGCUCGAAACUCAGCAGCUUGGUCUGGAGCGGCAGGGAGUGCUCAUCGAGAAGAUGAUACGCGACAAGUGUGAGGGCGAUGACUCCGUCGCAGUCCCGCAAGAGGAAGUCGAAGAUUUAGUAAUUCAGCUGUGUGAACUGGUCAAUGAGAAAAAUGACUUGUUCAGAAAACAAACUGAAUUGAUGUACAUACGACGACAACAACGGUUGGAGCAAGAGCAAGCUGACAUUGAACAUGAAAUUCGGAUAAUCCAAUCACGACCAGCUGUUAACCGCAUCGAUUCAGACAAGGCUCGCGAGGAAAAGCUAGUAUUACGUCUCGUUGAAAUAGUUCGCAUGCGUGACGAAUUAGUUCAGCAGAUUGAUGCAGAACGACGGCGAGAACGCCAAGAGGAUCUCGCGAUUGCCGCUUCCAUCGCUAGCAAAAGAGCUCAAAGGAACAGUGAAUCAAACAGUUCAUCAAUGAAAUCAGUUGAAGUAAUACCAACACCUAAAAAGAACAAAGUUAAAGACAAAGUUAAGAAACAAUUAAAGAAAGCUAAACACUCAUUAAUAUCUAAAAAAAAAGAUGAAUCAGGUGACCGCAAGGAAGAAAAAACGGAAAAACAGAAAAAGCUAAAAUGAUGAACAGAAAAUUCUGACACAUUUAAAUUACUAUGUCCAAUUUAAUUUUACCAUUAUUGGUAUUAAAUUGACUUAUGGUGUUAACAGUUUAAUCUGAUCAAUACGCUAUUAGACAUAUUUUGUUCUAGGUAAACACAUAUAAUAAUAGUUGUUAUGUCUUUGGGAACUCUCGUUAACUAUGUUCAUAAAAAGGUUUCACUGUUAACAUACCUAUUACGAUAAUAUUGACGCUUUGGCGUACUGGAAGUACUUAUAAGUAAGACUGAAACAUUCCACUAAAUAUUUUUGUUAUUUACAUUAUUUUAAUCAACGCUGAAUUUAAUUAUAUUUAUAUCAUUUCUAUUUUACAAAUGUUAAACUUUAAGAACAAAAGUUAACAAUUAUUAGGAAAUACUGGAAUGUGGAAAUUACGUGCCAGAAUUAGAUAUGUAGAUAGUAACGUUAAGAAUUGAUCUGUUGACUACAUAUCUUAGUUGUGCCAGCUAUAACUGGAGGUUGCAUAAUCCUAUGAUAAUAUUAUUAGACAUAGUCUUGCACUUUAUAAUAUUAAUUGCAAUCAGCACCAAAAUGUUAAGACAAUAGAAUUUUAGCUAACAUAUUAACACGCGUGCCUAAAUUUUAUUAAUAUUUUACAUUAUUUUUUGUUAAGAUGUAAUAAUUAUAAAUAUUUUUAUAUCCUAAACAGGUCAAAUGAUAUUUUUUUAUCGUUAAGUUUUGUAAUGAAUGACUUUAUUUGACGAUAUUCACGUACUUAACUUACGUAUAUUUUAUGGUAGAAACAAAUCAGGAUAGAUAAUUGUCAGUAUUACUUUUUAGCAACUUACAGAAUAUUAGUGACGUUUUGUUUAAUAACUUCAAACUGUGAACAAAUGUAUCAAAAUUAUUUCAAUCAAACUGUGCUUAAAUACUAAUAUUAAUUUUAUUUUUAUUGCUAAUUCCAUACUAAUUUUAUUUUAUUUAGUGACACAGACGCUUAAAUAAUUCCUAAUUUUAUAACACAAUGCCUUCAGAAAUUAUUAUAGAACUAAUAUAGUCAAUUGAAAUACUCGUCUUCCGAAUUAUUAAAAUAUUUUUGCUUUGUUGCAUUAGCAUUAAUGUUAAAUUAUACAUUUUAUUAAAUAAAAAAAAAUGAUUUUAAUACAGAUAUUUCAUUAGCUAAACAUCAUGAUUACGAAGCUAAGCUUUAAAACAGGAUGUUAAGUAUUCGAUUAUAAUAAAUAAGAAAUUGAUUUGUGCUGUUUUACAUUUUUAAUUUAACAAUUAUAUAGUAUUGUCAUUAUUGCUCUGCCUGCGGCGUUAUUAUGAAUAUAUUGAAGUCAUUGAUAAAAAUCAAAUUCAACUUAUUUUGAACUAAUUCAUUGCACUUGAGUUGUCGGAUCUAGCUUUAUAAGUUCUACAAUUUAUUUCCAUAUAUUUAUUAAAUGUCCCUUUAUGUCAACCAGGGAUGAUAACUUUACCGCACAUAUUAUGUGCAUUACAAGUAUUGUUAUUUACUAACCCCCUCACAUGUUAUUCUAAUCAUUUUAUGACAAACUCAAAACUAUUUCUAACUUUAGUAUACAUCAUGCACAUGAAAUAGCACAAAAAUAAAAAAAAUACCCAGUU